CCAGUGACAACUGCAGUCAGAACAACAGGCCAAUAUAAAUAUCCCUGGCCAGUGACACACAGGGGUCAGAGUGGAUCCACAGAGUCAGGAGAGGCUACUGCAGAGAAGAGAGGUAGCACUAUGGAUAUGCCAACCCUGUGUCUCUUCAUUAUUCUCUACACUCUCCGUCAAGUUUUAGGUGCUGUGUUAGCUGAGCAUAUGGAGCCCAGGAACCUGUUCACAGAGAGGGCCUGCUGCAGGCGCCAGAGCCAUCUUGUUUACAUCGGCCAAGAUAUUUCAGGAAGUCCAGUUAAUGUUGACGUGGGCAAAUGCAGAAGCCAUUGCGGGGGACCUAUAAAAGCUUCACCAUCACAUGACACAGCCACACGUGUUAAUCCCAGGCAUUCCUCAAUGCUGGAUUACCUCAGGAACAAAAAGCUUUAUCAGGUUAAAUCAAAUGAGGAUACGUCUCCACAUACUAAAGAUGCCUCCAGCAAAGUUCCCUCAUGUGGAGCAGAUUUAACGUGUGAACCAACCGGCCUGAGAGUGGACAAGGUGAUGCUUUUUGAUGGCCUCCGAGAGGUUGAGACCAUCGAGGAAUGCCACUGCGAGACAAAACUGUCCCAGUGUAUGCGGGUUCCCGCACUAAAGACCUUCAACUUCGAAACACCCUAUGAGACUGUCGUUGAUGUGGGGAAGUGUGCAGGCUCCAAGGCUGAACGAGAGGGCUUCUCCUGUGUCCCCACUAAAUUUGACGCUGCGCUGGUGGAGAACCCAAACAAAGUUGAGCUGGUGCAGACCGUAGAGACCUGUGAGAUGAAGGAAGGGUGCUACAGAAUCCCAUACAUUGAGUACCACUAUGAGCUGGCCUAUGACCCCGAUGGAGUCAAGAGUGAGAAACUCAAGGAAAUUGAUGUGGGCAGGUGUCUGGGGAGCUGUGCCACAGGAAACCGAUGUCUUCUCAGGAGUGCUGCUAACCCAGAAGAGUGUUUGCUGUGGGCAGAAGGUCCAGGGAAUGCAUGUGUUCCUCAAGGUUAUGAGAGCAACACAUUCCUGAACCAGCACGGCCAACUCCGCACUGUUCUCUCCAUAACGUCCUGCUUAUGCCAAUCCUAAACAUGGUGACCCUGCUACCACACACACACACGCACACACAUACAGCUCAAUCUUGAUCUCGGUCUCUGUAGUGAGUGAGUGAUCCCUGGGCCAGAGCCAUUUGCACUACUCAGUGUUGCAUACAUCCUUGUAAUAUAUGUAAAAUAUGUAUUAAUUAAUUUUGUAAAUAAAAUGUAUGUGAGCCUU